AUGGCUGGUAGUUGUUCACACCAGAAACAAAGUUUAACAAUAGCCAUUAUCGGGAAAACAGGCACGGGUAGGAGUUCAACGGGUAAUUCUAUUUUAGGCGAGGAUUAUUUUGAAACGUCGUCUUCCACGAGUACCACACAAUGUGUUUUAGCUGCGUCUAGAUGGGCACGGAGAGGGGAGACACUCGUACAAGUUGUUGACCACCAACCUUUGUUGGGCUGUGGCGAAGAAGAUGUCAAUAUAGAUGAGCUAGCUCUGUUGAUGACUGAGUGUCCUGAAGGGUUCAACGCGUUGGUCAUUGUGCUUGCAUAUGGUGAUAGAUUCACAGACGAAGAUGAAAAAUGCGUGGUGGCAGUUGAGAGAGUAUUUGGAGAGCAAUGUUUAAGAAACAACGGCAUCAUCGUUUUUACGAACGGAGAAGAUUUUGAUUCGUAUGAUGAUGAUGAUGGUGAUGAUGAUGAUGAUAACGCUGCUUUUCUCAAGUGGUGCAAGCGGCAGUCUGGGCCUGUGAAACAGCUCUUCGAAAAGUGCCUCUAUAGAAUCGUUUUAUUCAGCAACCUUGAGAAAAAAGAACAGUCAGUUAGUCGUUUUUUUAAAAUAGUCUCUAACAUAAAAGAACGCUAUACAGAUGAUAUUUUUCAAGUGUGUUUUGCAGCAUAUCAACAAUUGCUUGAAGAAAACAACCUAGUUUAUCUCAAGGCGAAUAUUCGAAAAAAAAUUGAUCUGCUGGCUUAUGAUGUUUGUCAAUUUGUUGACAAAUUAUCAGCGCGAAAUUCGAUGGAUAUCAUUAUGAACACUGACAAAGUAAAUAUAGAUUUUGAAAAAAUCGAUUUAUCGAUCAACGAUUUAUUAAAUGAAAUCGAAGAGCAAAUACAAAAAAAUUGUGCCCUGAAAGAGUUAAAAUAUAAAGUACAAAAGAUAAAAAAUGAGAUUGAGGAGACUAAGGGUAAAAUGCCGAACAUAUUGAAGUGGACAAAAUUUAAGAAAAACCUUUUGGUCAGCACCCCUGUUGUAAAUGCUGUAGCUGUUGCAAUAUCUGUGAAAGUAACACGCAACUGGAAAGAACAGUUCAAAAACGUUGUCCAAGCAUUUGUUGACUAA